UCUAGCUGAGCGGGAUUCCAGCACUAUAUCGUCGUGGCAGACAGAGGGACCCGCGGAACAGACUAGCACACUGCCUCUGUGUGCUGGAGCUGCCUUUCGAGCUGCAGCAGUCCCCUGCCUGACCCCCCUGCUCCCCCCCAGUCCGGUACUGCCGCUUUCCUCCUCUCUCUCUCUCUCUCUCACUCUCUCUCUCGCUUUCGCAUUCUGUGACUGCGAUCUGCAGAAUUGCCCAGCUGCUUUACCACAGCAGCAAGCCGGGGGCUCUCCUGUCUAUCCCAGCCAUGUGGGCUGAGCCGUGAUGCCACAGUGCCGCCACAGUGCCAGCCACAGUGCCGCCACAGUGCCGCCAGCCCCAUGGUCUGAGAUGGGAUCCGCUCUGGGCAGGAGAGAAGCUUUUGAGACACGGGACAGGGAGGCAAAGAAGAGCAAGACAUCCAGAAUCAAUAGUAAGGCCAACCUGAAGAAAUUUAUGGAGCACGUCCAACAGAGGAACGCCGAGAAAGUCUCCAGGUUUCUAGAGAAAGGGCUCGACCCGAAUUUCCACGAUCCAGAGUCGGGAGAAUGUCCCCUGACGAUGGCAGCCCAGCUGGAUGGAUCUGCAGAGCUCAUCAAAGUUCUGAGGAGCGGAGGAGCCCACCUGGACUUCAGGACCAAGGACGGCAUAACGGCUCUGCACAAGGCCGUGCGCAGCAAGAACCACGUGGCCCUCAUCACGCUGCUGGACCUGGGCGCCUCACCAGACUACAAGGACAGCCGGGGCCUGAGCCCACUCUACCACAGCUCCAUGGUGGGGGGAGACCCCUACUGCUGCGAGCUGCUGCUGCAUGAUCACGCGCAGGUGGGCUGCCUGGACGAGAACGGCUGGCAGGAGAUCCACCAGGCCUGCCGCUAUGGACACGUGCAGCACCUGGAGCACCUGCUGUUCUACGGUGCGGACAUGAGUGCGCAGAAUGCCUCUGGGAACACAGCACUGCAUGUCUGUGCCCUCUACAACCAGGUGGCCAUCAUCGCCGGGAACUUUGACCUGGCUGAGAUCAUUAAGAUCCACAAAGCAUCGGAUGUCGUGCCUUUCAGGGAAACCCCUACCUAUACCAACCGGCGGCGUCUGGUUACCAGUGGCUUGGCUCCACCCCACUCCCUGCUGCGCUCCACCAGUGACAACAACUUGAACGUGGAUGGAGGCCGGGGCUACUAUUCGCCGGCGCCAUCGCUACGCAGCCUGCCCCCCGCCGACGCCGCUGACAGCAGCCUACAGAGCACAGCCAGCUCACGCAGCUCACACUCACGCUCGCCGUCACUGCGGCGUGCCCAGGACGAGGCCGAGCGUCUGGGGCUGCGCCGCGUGGCCCGCGGCCGUCUCAGCUUUGGCGUAUGUGAUCUUGAUAGGGCCGCUGACCGAUUGGUCCCCUUGGGGGGCAACGUGUAA